ACAUAGGUCAGUCAAUAUAGUAAAAUGUCCUCUUUUUACUGUUACGCAAUAGCAUUAACGCUUUGCAAUUAUGAUGACGACCAGCAAUGCGAUUGCAAAUGAAAGAACAGGUAUUUCUAGAGGAACUUACGCAUCGGAUAAUCAUUUAAAUUAUAUAAUGUAAACGGUGUCUUUGGUGCAUUUUUACGAAGCUCAGAUGCGUGGCGAGGGUUCUUUUACCCGUUGUCGAGAUGACGAUAUCGCCUUAUGAAGAGGUUUAUCACUGCAUUGGUGUGAACGCUUCAGAAUUUUGACGGAAAGGCGAGUUUCACACCUCAUUUGCAAGGCAGACGAUAGGGAUAAACAAUGGCGGGCCCAGAGCAGUCCCAGCAUCAGCAGGUAGAGGAGAAAUCAGAGCACAUAGAUGAUGCUGAGCUCGCUCUUCAAGGUAUCAACAUGCUUCUCAACAACGGAUUCAAGGAAAGCGAUGAACUUUUCAGAAAAUACAGGACUCACAGUCCACUGAUGAGUUUUGGGGCAAGUUUUGUCAGCUUCCUGAACGCCAUGAUGACCUUUGAGGAAGAGAAGAUGCAGACAGCGUGUGAUGAUCUGAGGACCACAGAAAAGCUGUGUGAGAGUGACAACACUGGUGUCAUAGAGACAAUCCGGAACAAGAUCAAAAAGAGUUUGGAGUCCCAGAGGUCAGGGGUGGUAGUUGUGGACCGCCUGCAGCGGCAGAUCAUUGUGGCUGACUGCCAGGUCUACCUUGCCGUCCUCUCCUUCGUCAAGCAGGAGCUCUCAUCAUACAUUAAAGGAGGCUGGAUCCUCCGUAAGGCCUGGAAGAUGUACAAUAAGUGCCACAGUGACAUCAGUCAGCUGCAGGAGACCUGUGUGAAGCACUCCUCCUCCCAUGAGGUGGACCUGUCCUCAGACCAGGCCAAUCAUAAUGCCCCAGUGGAGGGAGCUGUGACCGCAGAGGCCCUGGAUCGACUGAAGGGCUCUGUCAGCUUUGGAUAUGGCCUCUUUCACCUCUGCAUCUCCAUGGUACCCCCACACCUGCUGAAGAUUAUCAACUUGCUGGGUUUCCCUGGCAACCGUCUUCAGGGUCUGUCUUCCCUAAUGUAUGCCAGUGAGAGUAAAGACAUGAAAGCUCCACUAGCUACGUUGGCCCUUCUGUGGUACCACACAGUAGUGCUGCCCUUCUUUGCUUUGGAUGGUUCUGACACUCAGGCAGGCCUAGAGGAAGCCAAGGCCAUUCUGCAGAGGAAGGCUGUGGUCUACCCCAAUUCUUCCCUCUUCAUGUUCUUUAAAGGACGGGUUCAGAGGUUAGAGUGCCAAAUUAACAGUGCUCUGGCGUCCUUCCAUGAUGCACUAGAGCUUGCAUCAGACCAAAGAGAGAUCCAGCACGUGUGUCUCUAUGAAAUCGGCUGGUGCAGUAUGAUUGAGUUGAGUUUUGAGGAGGCAUUCAGGUCAUUUGAACGGCUGAAGAAUGAAUCUCGGUGGUCACAGUGUUACUAUGCUUACCUGACUGGAGUAUGUCAGGGAGCUGCAGGGGACUUGGAAGGUGCCAAAGGUGUCUUCACCGGUGUCCAGAAAAUGUUCAAGAGGAAGAACAAUCAGAUAGAACAGUUUGCACUCAAGCGGGCAGAGAGACUGAGGAAGAUUUCUCCCACCAGAGAGCUGUGCAUUCUAGGAGUCAUAGAGGUCCUAUACCUGUGGAAGGCUUUGCCCAACUGUUCCUCCUCCAAACUGCAGCUCAUGAAUCAGGUGUUACAGAGUGUGGAUGACGCAUCAUACAGGGGGCUAAAAAACCUCCUUCUAGGCUCCAUUCACAAAUGCCAUGGAAACAAUAAAGAUGCUAUCCAGUCAUUCCAGCUGGCUGCCAGAGAUGAGUUUGGUCGACAGAACAACUCUUAUGUGCAGCCAUACUCAUGCUAUGAGCUUGGAUGUGUCCUGCUCGCACAGCCAGAGACGGUGGGAAAAGGCAGAGCAUUUUUGCAUCAGGCAAAGGAGGAUUAUGCAGGUUAUGACUUUGAGAACAGACUUCACGUGCGCAUCCACUCAGCCAUGGCCUCGCUGAAGGAAGUGGUACCUCAAUGACACUGUCCACCACUGAAGGGAUUGUGAUGAUGCCACACCUCAGCCUCCGGCCGUGCUUUAGAAGAUAUGAGAAGCAUGGCUUCCAUUAUACAUUAAAAACCACAUAGUAAUUAUGUCAUUUGUUCAGACAAAAUCUUUCUUUUUUUUUUAUUGACAGUUUACACAACCAAUUAUAAUAAACCUACAAGUUCAUACUGAAUAACAAAUUGAACUUGAUCUAGUAUAUUUGGAGCAUUUAACCGUUCUUUUCAUUCUAUGGGCCAUGCAUACAUAAGAUAUAAGUAACUUCUAGAAGAGUCACACCAUAUUCCUAUUUUCUGGAUUUCUUGACCAUAGGUAGUAACAGUAGUUAGAUAACCUUGUCUUUGUGUCAUAUUUUUGAGACGUGUACAAAAGAUGUUCGGAGUGUAACCAUAAUCUAUCGGUCAAAUGGAUAUUUGGCAGAUGUUUGUUGUGUUUGCCUUUUAUUUCAAUUACAAUUUUGCCUAAAUUGAAUAGACAUGACAUAGUAUGACAGAGGUUUUAUUGGAUUCUUUUAGAUGUCACUGCUGUAGAACCCUUUCAUUCACCAACAUCCACACAGUUCUUCUCUGGUAUCUUAGAAAUGUGUCCUUUAUUAAAUGGGCAUACUUUGAUGGUCAUGCAGCCACAAAUAUUUAGAUCCUAAUGUAAUUUCCCAUAAUUUUUCUAAAACGGCACAUGGCGAUUACAACCCAAAGUUUAUGGAACAAGAAUUAAACGGCCUGCUACCUUGCAGUAUUGUAUAACACCAUGUGCCAUAGAACACCAUACCAUGUAGUAUAAGUAUUUAAUAUUAGACAAAGGUAACUUCAAUCUUAAAUAGUAUGACAUUCAAAUGUGCUUACAAAUAACAUGCACAGUUUUGGGAACAUAUAUAUAUAUAUAUAUAUAUGUGUGUGUAUGAACACUUUUUAUUUGACAAGUUGUGGGCACUGAUCUCCACACUAUGCAUGCAAUGGCACGGGUACUGUAUGAGAGACCCAAAAUCUAUUUUCAACAGCUGUACACUGUAAAUCCAAAUGUUUGUUUACCUGAGAUACUUUAUAUGGUAAUAACACCCUUAUCAGAACACAAAACACAUUUAUAUUCAUAUUAACUCUGCUUUUUAACAAACUUAUUAUUAACCACAGGCAUUUUAAGGUAGGUUUUAAGUUACCACACAAACUGGAUAUUAUAACAUUUUAUACUCUGUCAUUUUAAUUGUGAUCAGGCUUUUCUAACAUCGGCCACACCGAUGAGGAAGGAAACAUUCAAGACAGAUGAAACAACUUUGAAAGUACAGGGUAUUGUAUCUAUCAGAUUAUAAUCACUGAGGGAUGGUCACUAAGCCAUAAAAUGCAAGCAAGAGCCUGCUCAUUUAAGUCUGAUUAAGCUGUUUCUCGUUGUCUUAGUCCCAUUUCAAAGUAACAGUUUAAAGGCUUUACACAAGACCUGCAGCACAAAUUCAUAAUUGGCUAAUUAAUUUAUAGUACAUGAAGUUUGAUUAAAGCCUGAUUAUACCUGCUGUUAGGAUGGUUCCUUCAUCCUGAUAUUAUCUUGAUCAUGUCUGUUUACUCAGAUCAGAUCACAAUGCAUCUUUUAAUCGUUUACACUUGUCUAACAUAUGGAUUUAGCACAAUCAGAUAGUGGACAAUAUCAGGACCAAGGCUGCAUGUUAGAACCAGGUGGGCUGUACAAUCUGCAAUAGUGAUGAUGGCCAAAUUAGUAAAAACAUUUUGCACCCCUUUAUAUAACACUACAUAUUCUCAUGAAUGCAUUAUGAAUAUAAGGGCCUUAGAUAAAAGGUUUGUGAAGGCUUCAAUAUGAAAUUAUUUGUUUAAAGUGGGAAGUUUUUCAUGUUCCAGACUGUAUGCUAAGUGUGUUAUUUAGGCCUACACUAAAGUAAUUGGCCUCCUAUCUUCUGUGAUUGUGUAAAGGGAUGAAAGAUGUUGUGUGAUGUGUUUGUGAAGUGUAGGCUGUUUUGUGUGGUAAGAAGGCUAUUGUUCUGGUAUAAAAUAAGUUCACAGCUUCAAGAGCAAUGUGUCUUAUAAUGACAAAAUAAUGAUUUUAAUAUCAUUAUAUGUACAGUACUGUAUACCAAAAACUGGGGUAUUCCUGUUGAAGGCGUGAAUUCAAUCCGAAAGUGGGUUAGGCAAUGCAGCUUUUAAAGAAAAUGGUUGAGGAAAAGAGGCUACCAUUCAUGUUAGGCUAGUGUCUCAAAACUGAAAUAGCCUUUGAAAGACACAUGUAUUACCCACUAGCAGAUGUAUUCCUUUGUGGUGGGGUUGUAGAGAUGUGGUAUUUUAUUUGGACAUCUGUAAGAGUAGCUGCUGCCAUGGCAGUAUCUUACGGGCAGAUACUAAUUGUACAGGAGUGUUCCUGUUUUCAGAGUUCUACAACCUGUUCAUUAAAGUAUUGUCUAUUAAGCAUUUCAGAUUAUCUGUUUUCAUAGCCUACUGAUAAACUAAGAAACAUGUUAUGUACAAAUUAAAAAUGGAACAAUUCCUUUGAUUAAUUUGAGCUGAUGCAUAAUAAAUAAUGCAUUU